ACCCAGCUUGCGAUGGAAAAUGUUUCCGUCGUCACUAUGUUUACGCUCUCCGGUUUGAAGUUCACAUAUAUGCAGCGGAUGACUCUCUUCGUGCUGACGUUGCUGUGGUACAUUCUGAUCCUGCUGAGCAAUAUCAGCAUGAUUGUUGUCAUAGUUACGGACAAAACCCUGCACCAGCCCAUGUAUGUGUUCUUGUGUAAUCUGUGCAUCAAUGCUGUGUACGGAGCAGCUGGCUUCUACCCCAAGUUCCUCAAGGACCUCCUGUCAUCGCAGGUCAUUUCCUACGCAGGGUGCAUGCUGCAGGGUUAUGUCAUCCAUUCAUCAUCUUGCUGUGAUUUUUCCAUUUUAACUCUGAUGGCGUACGACCGGUACGUGGCCAUAUGUCGACCUCUGGUUUACCACACUGUAAUGAGCAAGCAGAGAGUUUCCGUCUUUGUGUUUUUCUCCUGGUUCGUGCCUUUGUACUGCAUGUUUAUGAACACCGCUACCCUGUUGGGGAUAGAGUUGUGCGGCUCGUACAUCAACAAGUUGUACUGCGUCAACUGGGUGGUGUUCAACUUGGCCUGCACGCCGCCCUACGCCAAUGGUAUUGUCACGGCCAUCAACAUCGCCAUUUAUUUUGUGCACUUUUUGUUCAUCUUGGUGUCUUACCUGUACCUGAUGAAGGUGUGCUUUUCAUCCAGAGAGAUGUGGAUUAAGUUCAUGCAGACCUGCUUCCCCCAUUUAAUCUGCCUUCUCACCUUUACGGUGACCUUGCUUUUGGAUAUUUUCUACAUGCGGUUCGGUUCAGCCGACUUACCGCAGGAUACGCACAAUUUCAUGACAAUCUUAUUCCUGCUCAUUACCCCAGUUGUGAAUCCCCUGAUCUAUGGUUUCAAACUCACAGGCAUUCGCAACAGGGUUUUGAGCAUUUUGCAUGUCAAAAAGAAGAUAAGCACAUUUGUAAUGUGA